AUGGGCAUAAAAUUAUCUUAUUAUAUCGAAUAUUUCAACGAAGAAACCGUAUCUUUAACUAAAGGUAAAAAAAUUUGUGAAAUGGAAAAUGAUGAUAUUACCCCCCUCCAAUCAAGCAACCCCCAUUAUAUAAAUAAAUUAUACCAUGAAAUAAACUUAAUAACUGAUCUAAAACAAAAUAUUAAUAGCCCCUCUUACCAACCUUUUUUAAGACAGGAUGGAAAGUGCCAUAUAUCUGAAGUUUCAAGCAUUUUAUACUUAAUUUCGUCAAACAUAAGAAAGAAUCAUGAUGUUGUCACAUUUGGCUGUAAAACAUGCAAAACACAUCUAGCUACAUCCUUGAACAUCAUAUCUAAAGAUUUCAGAAGCUCUACAGGUAUUGCUUUUUUAAUGUCUGGUAUUAUCAAUAUUGUUGAAAAGUCUAGUGUCGUUAAACAUAUGAUAACUGGACAGUAUCUUAUAUCUACGAUUCUUUGUCAUUUAUGUAAAAGUAUUGUUGGCUGGAAAUAUUUAAAGGCUCAAAGAAAUGAUCAAAGAUUUAAAGAAGGAAUGUACGUAUUAGAAUCACAAACUGUUACUAUAGUAACAUAA